AACAAGGAAGAAACGCUUAAGAAGCCGCACACCUGAACCUGAAAUACCUAGAAGACAUCGCAGCUCUUACACCAGACGAGAAGAUUCUCCGCCACCUGUACGCCGUACUAGGUAUGAUAAUUCUUUAAAUUUAUCGCAUGCUUCAGAUAACAUACUCAGUCAGUUUGUAAAUGCUCUCAAAGAUAUCGCUAAAUCAGGUAGCCAUAAGAUUACUGCCAGCAAUAACGUAGUGCCUGAAUUUGAUCCCCUAUCAAAAACUCAAAAUAUUGUUAAUUGGUUGACCAAGGUUGAAGAAUGCGCGGAUAUUUAUAACUGGGACGAACGCGAGAUCAUACACUACGCUUUGCCCAAAUUAAGCGGUCUAGCGAAAUCGUGGUAUCAGAGUUUGCCCAGCGUACGUUUCACAUGGGCUGAAUGGAAGACUAGGUUGAUAGAAUCGUUUCCUUGUCGCGAAAAUUAUGCGGAAUUACUAUCGGAUAUGUUAGCCCUAAAAGCACGGUUUGGGGAACCGUUAGAACAAUACUUCUAUUCAAAAUUGAACUUAUUAAAUCGUUGUCAAAUUAAAGGUAGGCAAGCCGUUGAUUGUAUUUUACAUGGCAUAGAAGAUAGAGGCAUACGCCUAGGUGCACAGGCCGCGCAAUUUGAUUUCCCUGAGCAGGUUCUUAAGUAUUUGAAGACUGUAAAAGUCGGUAAUUCUAAAGAAAGUAUUUCAAACUCCAGUAGGGCUCGAUUUGAUAAACGACAGACUGCUAGUAACACAUCAACAUCAAGUAGGAAUAACGCCGGUACAAGCAAACCCCCUAUUAAGUGCUUUAACUGUGGGAUGGAGGGCCACCCGAGUUUUCUUUGUAAGAAACCCAUAGAAAAGUGUACCAAUUGUCAUAUGAUUGGUCAUAGAAUCACAUCUUGCCCAAAUGUAAAAUCAGAUAAAUCUAAAAAUAAUGAUCAAUUCAAUUCGAAAGAAAAACAAGUUCUAAGGGUUUGUGUGAGCGACCAACCAACAAAUGAAAUAACUGAUGAUGUGAGAGAUGCUUCUCCUUCGAAUAAAGAAUCAAUUGAUGAGAGUAGUAAAAAUAAAUAUUACAUGACGGUUGAAGUAGAUCACAAACCAUUAGAAUGUUAUGUAGAUCUAGGCAGCGAAUGUUCUCUUAUCCGAUAUACUGAUGCAUUACAACUAGGUGCUCAACAAUGUACUAAAAAUUUACCACUACUAAGAGGUAUAGGGAAUAAUUGCAUCCAAGCAAUUUCUUGUAUAAUGGCAAACGUAAAUGUCCAAGGUAUUACGCUGCUGAUUGAAAUGUAUGUCGUAGGAGAUGACGCAAUAAAACAACCCGUCCUGCUAGGUCAGAAUUUCACGGAACAUCCUUGUAUAAUGAUCACUAAGACUCCUUCUCAAUUGAUAUUUGAAGAUUCAGCUAGUACUAAAAAAAUAUGCCUUACCAUCCAAGAAACUGUUAUCAUUCCCCAACAAGAGAUCAAAGCGAUUCCCGUUAUAUCUAGUGAACUUUAUUCCGGAAGAAUAUAUGUUCAUGGUUCCGUCAGAGGUAAAGCCGGUAGCGAAUAUUUUCUCUUGCCAGGGGAAUAUGAACUCAUUAGGGGAAAGGGUAAAUUACUAGUUCAAAAUGUAGCUUCAAGUACAAUAAAAUUUAUGUCAAAUUCACUUACAACUCGCUCAAUGCCUGUUUCAAGUACGAAAGAAAUUUUCAAUCUCUCAAAAGAUUUGCCCGUACACGACGAUAAUCUUAAUUGUGGUAAUUUGAUCAAUGACGAACAAAAGCGUGAACUCCAAAGCCUCUUGUGCAAAUAUGCCGAUUGUUUUUCUACCAGUCUAAAAGACUUGGGAUUCACAUCUGUUACUGAGAUGGAAAUACAACUGUCAGAUACUGACCCUAUCGUUUAUAGACCCUAUAGAAUGCCACUUAGUGAGCGCACUUUGGUUAGAGACAUGGUGCAGGAGAUGUUAGAUGCUAACAUAGUCCGCGAAUCAUCAUCCCCAUACGCAAGCUCUAUAGUCUUAGUCAAAAAGAAGACUGGAGAAAAACGAUUGUGUAUUGACUAUAGAGCUCUAAAUCGCAAAACAAUCAAAGAUCACUAUCCUUUGCCCAGAGUAGAAGAUCAGUUAGACCUUCUUUCGGGGCAUAAAUUCUUCAUUACUCUUGACCUGGCGUCCGGUUAUUACCAGAUUCCUAUAAAAGAAGACUCUAGACACAAAACUGCAUUUGUUACUCCAGAUGGACAAUUCGAGUACCUUAGAAUGCCGUUUGGUCUCGUCAACGCACCAUCCGUAUUUCAAAGGACCAUCAACAAAAUUUUAGCAGAAGCUAAAAUUAAAUGUGCAAUGGUAUAUAUGGAUGAUGUGUUGAUCCCAGCACAUGACUUCGCCGAAGGCUUAACACGUCUUCAAGAGGUUUUAGACUUGCUACGUGCUGGGGGACUGACACUAAAGAUGUCAAAAUGUUACUUCUUUUAUGAAAAGAUUGAUUAUCUUGGAUUUGAAGUAGGUUCGGAUGGAAUUCGUCCUGGCCUACGCAAAACCGAAGCCACAUUUCACAGCCUCAGAACCAGCAUGAGGAUAGCAAGAUGGUGGGUGCAACUGCAGGAGUUCGACUGUAGAUUCGAAUAUAGACCGGGAGCCCGUAUGGCACACGUAGACGCAUUGAGCCGAAACCCAGUUGCACCCGCUAUCUCUGAAACGCAUGUCUUGGAUGUGUUAGUUGUAGAAAAGGACGAUUGGAUUAGUACUGUACACAACGUCGUCGUCGAGAGCCUCGUCCGCAACCGUGCGGGCACAGAAGCUCGAGGCGGAGGUGCAAUACCUCCGUCUCAUCGAGGAGUUCGAUGUACAAAACGGGAGGAGUUGGCGGUAGUUGAAGCUGAAUACGCAAUAGAAAAGACGGUAGCUGAAGCUGAAUACCAGACACAUUUGGCAGUCCUGGAGGCCAAGGAUGCUCGCAGCCGCGUUCCAGCCGUGGCCAGCGAACGUAGCGGAAAGAGAAGAUCUCGGACGGCGCCCGGCUUAGUCAAGCGCACGUCAGGAUCUGUGACAUGGGAGGACGUAGUGGAGUCCGCAGAGCAGCCCUACAACAGAGGUUGCAGCUGGAGGAAGUCUACAUUCACUUCAGGGGUCGAGAGGAGGACCUCAGAUGGCGCCAACCACAGUAUACCCGGAUCAACCAGAUCCUACACAGUUGUGCCUCCAGACGACACCAGAAGCGUUAUGGGGUGCAAUCAAUUCCUUUGCGAGUGGUUCUGCGGGCGGCUUGGAUGGCCUUACUCCACAGAAUCUCAAAGACCUAACACAGUACUUAAGGAAAAGUCGAGUAUGCUGCCUCAGGUGUUAAUAUUUGAAAGGCAAAAUGAUAUGUGGCCUAACCCGAACUCUGAGGUGACAUUUUAUUGA